GCCAGAUCCAAACUAUCACUUGAGGCUUCUCGUGGAGCAGAUUGCUCGAGUACCUGAGAGAUACUUUCCCGAGAUGGAUCCUCAUAUGCAGACCAUGGCCCAAACUGACUUCUCCUUUCCCCGUGAAACAGAGGAUACCCUUCAGGGCAUAAAGAAGCACGUAGAGGUCAUUGAGAAAGCUUCUGCACAGUUUUCUCAAGACAACCUUUAUGUUGCCAUACAAGUAGAUGAGGAGGAAGAAGAAGGCAAUCAUGAGGAUGUUGAGAAGAAUACAGAAGUUGUCACGGAAAGCUCCCAUGAUAAUCAUGAUCAAGUGUAUCCUCUGGUGGUAGAUCACAACUGUCCCCAUUUCCGCUCUGAUAUGCUGGGCCCGAACGAGGAGAUGCAAGAUGAUCUCAUUGAAGAAAUUACAUGGCGACUUGCUCUCCAAUCUGUGCUAGAAGAAGAAGAGCGAGAAAGGGUGAGGGAAGAAGUUGUGGAGGACGAGGAAGAAAGCAAAGAAGAUGAAGUUUUUGAUCUUUUCCAAGGGGAGAAACCACAUUCUGAUGAAGGAAGGGGGUUAAGAAGCAAGUGGUGUCCAAGCUGAGGAUGAAGUUGAGGUGGAAGAGGCAUGCACCGGCCAUGAGUUACAUGUGAUAUCUCCACCAAACUUCGAGGAGCUGCUUGACAAGGACCCAUUUGCUGUGUCUCUUUGCCAGACCAGAACCACAUCAUCAUCGAUCCCUCUUGGUGGAUGUGAUGGUGGUCAGUCGAAUAUAUCUUAUCUGGUUUGGGGCAAUGAGACAAGAGCAUACGCAAAGGAGAGGUCUCGAGAGUGGAGACUUCAACUUCCUCAAGGCCACGAGCCAUCUUCAUCACCUAUCACAUCACAUGCUCGUGACUUGAGACUCCACAUCAUCGACUAGAACCUCAACUUCAAGGAGGUUCUAGGGUGGACCGAAACUUAGGAGCCACCGUCCAACUAAAGACGUAAAAGAAGC